UCUGAAAGCUAGCUAGCGCUGAGGUGCUAUUGACAAAGCUGAGAAGGUCAGAGGUGACAAACAAAUAACGAAAGCGGAAGGUGAACAUUGAGACGUGCCUGAACAGCCGGGCACAAUGGAGGUGUACGCUGUGUACCUGGUGUGUUUCCUGUGCCUGGUUCCAGCCAGUCUGCAGAAGGCCUGUCAUAAGACCCUGCUUGUGUCGUUUGACGGGUGCAGGUGGGAUUUCAUCAACAGGGGAAACACGCCAACGUUUGACCGACUGGCCCGGGAGGGCGUCAGGGCGCCGUAUAUCCACGGGACUUUCAUCACGAAGACCUUCCCUUCACACUGGAGCGUCAUCACAGGGCUUUGGGAGGAGUCCCACGGCAUCACUGCUAACUCCAUGUACGACUCUGUACUCAACCAAACAUUUGUGUUGCGCACCAAAGACCCGGUGUGGUGGGAUGUGGGGUCCAUGCCGGUGUGGCAGACGGCGCAGAGUCAGGGUCUGAAGGCGGCCGACCUGUUCUGGCCGGGAGGGGACGUACGUAUGAACGGGCAGCACGUCAACAUCUACCGCAAGUACAACCAGAGCAUGCCGUUUACGGACCGGGUGGACACGGUGGUUGGCUGGUUUGUGAAGGAGAACGUUGAUUUCGCCACGCUGUACUUCCACGAGCCUGACACCGCUGCGCAUGUCUACGGGCCGGACUCACAGAACGUCACAAGAAAGAUGGCUGAGCUGGAUGGCGUACUGCAGUACCUCUUACAAAAGGUAGAGGACGCUGGGUUGUCCGAACAACUGAACAUAAUCGUGACAGCCGAUCACGGUAUGGCGGAAAUCAGCCGGGACAGGAAGAUAGAGAUCUACAACUAUGUAGACAGGUCGCUCAUAGCUCGGAUUCCAGAUGCGGGUCCAGUUGCUAACAUCCAACCUGUGGACGGCAAACUACAGGAGGUGUACAAUAUCCUGAAGGACGCCCAUCCCAACAUGACGGUGUACCUACGUGAGGAGGUCCCAGAGCGCAUGCACUACACUCACAACCGCCGCAUCAUGCCGAUAGUGGCCGUGGCGGACGAGGGGUGGGAGGUCAUCCCGUCGGAGUCGGAGGUAACUGACUACAAGUUGAACUUGAAGGGCGCUCACGGGUACGACAACAUGCUGAUGACGAUGAAGCCCAUAUUCCUGGCAAAGGGGCCUCGCUUCAAACGUGGUUACCAGGCAACACCCUUCUACGCGGUGGACAUCUACAACCUGGUCUGUGAGUUGCUGGGCGUUACCCCUGCCCCUAACAACGGGACCUGGGAACGAGUCAGCGAUCUCCUGGAUCCCAUGGCGACUGGUAACGUCACGUGCGGUAGUGUUGGCCUGGCAGUGAGCUGGGCGAGCUUGUUACUGGCUGUAGCCUCUCUUAUGUGCUUAACAUUCUAACGAAGGUAGUAAGUCGUUUCUCGGAAACUAACUAGAAAUAGUGACAUCAAUCAUGAACACAAAUACCUAUGAUUCUAGCUUCCAUACUCAGGUCUCAAAGUCAUAAAAUAGUCCUGUAUAUGUUACUACAGAUAUA